UUCAUGACGUUAAAAGUUAAAAUAGGGUUCUUGUAGUGAGGUAGUUUUUUAAAUAAAUAAAUAAAUAUAUAUACAAAUAAAUAAUAUUUAAACAUGCCAACUUACGAGAUGCCUUUACUUAUUCGCAUAAUGAAUAAGCCGGAGACAUUCAACGCUUUGAAAAGAGUAGCAACAGCAAUCUUUGACAGAGGUGGAAUUAUCAGAAAAAUAGAAAAUUUAGGUGUCCAAGAUUUACCCUGCAAACUUUCUUUUAGAGGAAGCACAUAUAGACAAGCGACCCAUUUCUUGUAUUAUUUUGACGCACCUCCAUCAACGCUAACAAGUCUUACCGAUGAAUAUAAUCGAGAUAUUGAUAUUCUUAGAAAUAAAAUUUAUAAACAAGAAACCCCAGAGUCAAUUGAAUGUACAUUACACGACGAGUUAUUACCUCCUGUUUACAGAAAAGAGGUACAAGAAUUAAUGAAGAUUGGUGCUAAACAGAAAAGGAAACAUCAGAAAAAACAAUUUAGCCGCAAAUUAACGUAUUAUCCUUCAUAAUCAACUCAGAUUUCAUAAUUUUUAUCUAUUUAUAGAUAUUAUCGUAUAAUAUUAUAUAUAUAAUACUGUAUGUAUAUAAUAUUAAUGUAUAUAGUUUAACAAUAUAUAAAAUGAUUGAUUUCUCUUUGUUUGGUCAACGGCUUCGCGUUGUUGAAAAAACUAGUCUUUCGAUCAUUAAAGUUAACGAUUUUGGUACUUGAAUGAUUCCAGAAAAGUGUCAUCAAAAUCUUUCAAUUAUUUAAAAAGAAAUAUACACAAUUAAUAAAGAUUAUAGACCCUCUA